AUGAGCAUGAAUCUCCCUUCCUCGCUCUCAUUUGGCGAAGAAGAGCCUGAUCUUUUGCAAAAGAUGUGGCAAAAGUCGAAACAGCAACCACUCGUACCUAUUGGCUCCAUACUUACCGCAGGUGCAGUGGUAAUGGCUGCUCGAUCAAUGAAGAGAGGUGAGAAAUUAAAGACUCAAAAAUACUUUAGAUAUAGGAUUGCGUUUCAAUUAGCAACGUUAGUAGCACUCGUAGUCGGUGGUAUGACCUUAGGGUCAUCCCAUUUGGAAAAGAAAAAGACCCGCGAGGAAAAACUAAAGGAAAAGGCCAAGGUUCGUGAAAAGUUAUGGGUCGAAGAAUUGGAAAGAAGAGAUGCUAUUAUCCAAGCAAGAAAACAGAGGUUGGAAGAAUCCAGAAAAGAGUUGAGAGAAUUGGCAAAGCAAGGCUUUGACAAUGAAGGUGAAAAAUCGAAAGCUAUUGAAAAUAAGGCUUCUCCCGAGGAAAAGUAA